AUGUCUCUCUCUCCCGUUGUUGUUAUUGGAACCGGUUUGGCCGGGCUGGCUGCUGCCAAUGAAUUGGUUAACAAGUAUAACAUCCCUGUAACCAUCCUCGAAAAGGCUUCCUCGAUCGGUGGGAACUCUAUCAAGGCCUCCAGUGGUAUUAACGGUGCUUGCACCGAGACUCAACGUCACUUCCACAUCGAGGACUCCCCACGCUUAUUUGAAGAUGACACCAUCAAGUCUGCUAAAGGUAAAGGUGUCCAAGAAUUAAUGGCUAAGUUGGCCAAUGAUUCUCCCCUGGCUAUUGAAUGGUUGAAAAACGAAUUUGAUUUGAAAUUGGACCUAUUGGCUCAAUUGGGUGGCCACUCUGUGGCAAGAACUCACAGAUCGUCUGGGAAGUUGCCUCCAGGUUUCGAAAUUGUUUCUGCCUUAUCUAACAAUUUGAAGAAAUUAGCUGAGACUAAACCAGAGUUAGUUAAGAUUAACUUAGACAGUAAAGUCGUAGACAUCCAUGAAAAGGAUGGCUCCAUUUCUGCUGUAGUGUACGAGGACAAGAAUGGCGAAAAGCACAUGGUGAGUGCUAACGAUGUCGUUUUUUGUUCUGGAGGGUUUGGCUUUUCUAAGGAAAUGCUUAAAGAAUACGCACCCGAACUGGUGAACUUGCCAACAACAAACGGGCAACAAACAACUGGUGAUGGUCAAAGGCUUCUGCAGAAGUUAGGCGCUGAUCUGAUUGACAUGGACCAAAUUCAAGUUCAUCCAACUGGGUUCAUUGAUCCAAAUGACCGUAGCUCAAGCUGGAAAUUCUUGGCUGCCGAAUCCUUAAGAGGUCUUGGUGGUAUCCUAUUAAACCCUAUUACCGGUAGAAGAUUUGUCAACGAAUUGACCACAAGAGAUGUAGUCACUGCAGCUAUUCAAAAGGUUUGUCCUCAAGAGGAUAACAGAGCACUAUUGGUUAUGGGCGAAAAAAUGUACACAGAUUUGAAGAAUAAUUUAGAUUUUUACAUGUUCAAGAAACUUGUACAGAAAUUGACAUUAUCUCAAGUUGUUUCUGAAUAUAAUUUACCAAUCACUGUCGCCCAAUUAUGCGAGGAAUUGCAAACAUACUCUUCCUUCACUACCAAGGCUGAUCCGUUGGGACGUACCGUUAUUCUCAACGAAUUUGGCUCUGACGUUACUCCAGAAACUGUGGUUUUUAUUGGUGAAGUAACACCGGUUGUCCAUUUCACCAUGGGUGGUGCUAGAAUCAAUGUCAAGGCUCAAGUCAUUGGCAAGAACGACGAAAGGCUACUAAAAGGCCUGUACGCGGCCGGUGAAGUUUCUGGCGGUGUUCAUGGCGCCAAUAGGUUGGGUGGUUCAAGUUUGUUAGAAUGCGUUGUCUUUGGGAGAACCGCAGCUGAAUCUAUUGCCAAUGACCGCAAGUAA